GGCAGCUGACAAGUUGUAGUAUCUGUGACCUGUACUGCUGCAUAUCGUGCUGUUGAAACGUUGCCGUGGGAGCAAAACAGCAAGAUAAGCUUUCACACCGCCUGAUGACGCGCCAGCGUGCACCGAACGCCCCCCGAUGCGCAGUUAAUAUUGCACGGGAAUGCUCAUCCACACCACGUGAGAUUGCUGUCGUCGUAUCUUGCUUUGCGAGCGUGAGCUAAGACCUGAGUCACGACAGAUAUAUAUGUUUACAUCUGUGUGUGCUCCCAUCACUCUUAUCGUUAUCUUCGUUGCCGUGGCCUGGACCAACCUAGUCUAGAAACGUUGGCCUGGACCGCAUUGACGAGUGGCAGAUACGCUCGGCGGGCAGUCAACACCGAUGUAUAGUCUGCGACACGCCUUACCGCAGUUGCUACGGUGUCCAGAGUCGGAAGCACUUGUGACAGAACCGAGGGUCGAAAUGGACGGCGAUGGCUUCGGUGAGUCACCGCUGCUAAAGGCUGCUCACGUCGACGACCGCGUCCAGUACAUCCGUGAGUUCCUCGCCUCCAAAGGCGUCGACUUCGACAGACCCUGCAGCUACGACAGUGACGGCGAUUGCUGGCUGUCGACUGCAUUACCCCCGUGGAACAAGAUCCUCUCGGCGGUGUGCCUCGAGCUAAUCGAGAUUCGACCGGCGGUCCUGAGUUUGCGUUCCAUCGACAUGAGAUCCAAAGGUGACACAAGUGCGGACUCGCUGAAGUGCGGCGCAUACCUCUUCAUGUGGCUGCCCCAACAGCACGCCUGCGUGCAGUCGAUAUGCCUGGUAGAAAGUCUGCUGUUCAAGAAGCUCACGGUCGCGCUCAAAGUGGCGCUCGCGUCGAGCGCGCGCUUGCGUCAUCUCACUCUCAAGGGCGGCUACUCAACGCCGUUCAGCGAACGAGAGCUGGCCGACGGCAUGGCUACGCUGAGGGAGCUAGAGACCUUCGAGUUCCGCAAACUGGACAUCACUUCCCGCGACCUAGCGCACAAUAUCGCCGCUCUCCUGCGGGAGAACGGGAGGCACCUCGUCAAUCUGUGGUUCGAGCGCAACGAAAUCUCGCAGAACAACACAAAUGUCAUUCUCAAAGCGGUCCUCGGGUGUCACGCUCUCUCCGAACUCUCGUUCGACCACAACUACCUGAACAAACGCAAUGUCAGAACCCUGGCCAAGGUCGUAUGCACCCUCCCGAGCCUGAAAAAGCUCACCCUUCGCUACAGCAUCUCUGAGUGUGGACCCUUUGACCCCGUUGCAAAGGCCUUGGAGAGCAACACAUCUCUCGAAGAGCUGAGCUUGAAAGCCUGCCAGAUGCAGUUUGAACUGCUCUUUGAGGCCCUGCAGACCAACACGACAUUAAAGGUGCUGGACCUGGACUCUUGCACAAUGACCUUCGGUGAAGUGCAGCACCUUGCCAGAGCCCUGACAUUCAACAAAGGCCUGCGGACGUUACUGCUGCCGCACUGCAGUCUGAAAGAUGCGGGUGUCAUGGAACUUGCCAGUGCGAUGGCUAAAAACGACACGCUCGAAAAACUGGACGUGUCACAUAACUGGUGUGGUGCUCGAGCUGUCAUGUCUUUCUGCGAUUCUCUGAAGAAUAAUCGCAUCCUUAGGAGCAUCAGCUUUGGACUAACUGCAGCAUCUAAUCAGGAGAGGUUGGAGCUGUCUCGUCGAUUGAGCCAGAAAGAGUGCUAUGGCCGCAUUGCACUGCCGUGGGUGGAUGCUGACCUGACACCCCUGACAAUAGCACUGAUAGCGGAUUCCCAGUCACUCCGAACACUUGACCUCGGUGACCUGAACGAAUUCUCCUGCUCUCUCUUGUGCUUACUCUUUGAUGCUCUUGCCAGCAACACCAUGGUCAGAGUCCUGAAGAUGGAAGCAAAGCACUACGAUUGUCACCUGGGGCAAGCACUGCGCAAUGCGCUGAUCUCUAACCGGUCCAUCAAGGACCUGGAAUUAGAGGUGGGCAUGAGCUCAUUUGAUGGCUCGUUCAUUUGCGAUGUAUGCAAGGCCCUCCUUGUCAAUACAACGGUGGUCAAGCUGACCCUGUUUGCAACUGAAAUUGGACUUCGCGCUUCCAAGUUGUUUGCCCAGAUGCUCAGACAGAACAGAACCCUGACAUCGAUUACAGUUUACUCUAAGCAUUUUGAAACAAAGCGAGUAGAGAUGAUAUCUCGGGGACUCGCUGAGAACAAUGUUGUGACUUCUUUCGUGUCCACGUCCUUGCCAAGAAAUCGUGCCACGCUCCGUAUUCGGGAGGCGAUCGUACGAAACGUCGGCUUGCUUAACCUGGCGGCAAAGUUUGUGAUGCGGAUAACGCUGACGAAACGCUCCGCCCAGGCGUUUGAGACUCUCCGUGUAGGUCCUUCAUUCGUGUUGCAGCUUUCCGAGGUCACUGGAAUGUCUGAGCAAGAAGCCUUGGCAGCCGUUGAGGCAGCGGACAGAUACAUACAUUCACACUACCUCUACCUCACAGGGGUAGUGAAGUUUUCGGUAAAGUGCCAUCCGAGCACACAAACCCAGGUGGACGCCCUGAACGAUUAUUGCUGGCAAGCAAUUGCACAGUUCCUCAGAGUUUCCGACGUGUGUGAUGAACGAUAAUCUCUGUGUUUCUUGUGCUUGGUAUUUUUAUGGUACCCCAUAUGUACACCAUUACUUCUUUGGCCCUAAAGGCUUGCCCACCUUUGCUAAAGCGUUCUCUGGAAAACUUGACAUCACAAAUGUUUUUGUUUGUUAGAGUGCCAGUUCCUCAAUAUAACCAGAUUGCUUGAGAAACAGUGCUGCUAUACGAGUAGAACAGUUGCAUUUUGAGUUAUUUGUACAAAUGAGACACAUGUCUCAUUUGUGUAACUUUCUUAGCUGCUCAGAUUGGAGAAAGCUAGCUGGGCUUAUAAGCUUUGUUUCUAAAUGUAACAUUUUUUUUAAUUUAUGAGCACUUUAAUUUCAGAGUACCUGAAAAAUUUCUUUUAUAAAAUGUAACAUUUUUUUUUUAUUUAUAAGCACUAUAAUUUGAGUACCUGAAAAAUUUCUUUUAGAAACUGUAAUAUAUGUUUUAUUACGGACACUAACUAAUCAUGCCAUCGUGCCUUCACUUUUGUCUGGUCCGUAGUACUUGCCAAUAAAUGUUCCAAAAAGCU